AUGACUACCAUAGAACUUGGAAACCACAAGGCCGCAAUGGAGCGUGCCUUGGGCUUGGCCAACAAUUCCCCUCCCAAGCCCACCAACUUUCGUGUGGGAGCUCUAAUUGUGCGGCUAAGCGACAGCAGCAUCAUUGCCGAAGGAUACACUCUUGAGCUUCCCGGGAACACCCAUGCUGAAGAAACAUGUCUAUUGAAGCUGGCUGAGCAGCAUGGAACGACAGAAGAGAAGCUAUCAGAUAUCUUCAACACCCCCCAUGCUCUCUACACCACUGUUGAACCUUGUUUCAAACGGCUGAGCGGCAAACUCCCCUGCGUCGAAAGAGUCCUGCGCCAAAAGUCAUGGAUUAAGCAGGUCUAUGUUGGCGUCCAGGAACCCGAGACUUUUGUUGGGGAGAAUACAGGUCGCAAAACGCUCGAAGAUGCUGGUAUUGAGAUCCACCAUGUCUCAGGCUUGGAAGAUGAGAUUCUCAAGGUUGCGACUGCCGGGCAUAUCAAAUCAUGA